UUUCCCCGGCUUCCCGGCCGGGCCGGGGCCCCCCGGUCUCCCCCUGGCUGGGUCCUCCUUGGGCGGGGCAGGGCCGGCCGGGGAGGGGGCGCGGGGCCUUUGUUAGGGAGCCAGGCCCCAGCCCCCGGGACAAUAGAGACACCCUCCCGGACUCUUUCCCCGGCCGGUCCGGGCUCUGGGCUGGCGGCGGCCGAGAGGGGUCGGGACGCGUCCCACUCUGCCUUACUCUCUGGGGGUCGGUCUGUCCCGGCCCGCCGCCGGCCUUGGGCGGCUCGGCUCUCCUCCCCCCAGUCGGUAUGAUGCAGCCGCAGUGCCGCAAGGACGGGAGAAGAGCCGCGGCACGGCCUGCUACCCUUCCCAGUGCCCCCGGCUCGUUUGUCAGUCCCCACCCCGCUCGAGGCCGGCCGCUCCUUAAACUCGUACCCACCGUUCAGUGGGGCCCCGAACUGUGGGCGCUGUUUCUGAAUCCUACGGUGGGGAUUUCUGGACUUUGGGGCUCUUGGAGAGACUUCCGGGCUGGUCCUGAGGGAGGGAGGGUGCGAUCUAAAAGAACAGGUAAGGGGAGUGCCCACUCCUCGAGUGUGCUGGCCACGGGGCUCUCCGCUGCUCCUGACCGUGAUGGCUGGAAAUGCCCUUUGCCUGUAGGCUUCUGUGGGCUCUGUUCCUCUCGCAGAGCGGCAGGCUUAUUUUAAGAGAAGGCAGUGGGGUGAAGGUGGUAGGGUCUUAGGGCCAUUCCUACUUCUGGUAGCAGUACCCCCCCAAGUGGACAUCCUGGCUGAAAGCAGAGGUGACUCCGAGAGCCCUCAGGGAAAGGGGGGUUGUCUUGAGGAGUGUGUGCAGUUCUUUGCCACACCCUGUGGGUUUGCUUUGAGGCCUUAGAGUUCCUUCUCCUCCCCCUGCUGCAUUGCACCAUGGGUAUCAAAGAGGGGUUUGAGUUUUGGGUACCUGGGAUGAGCUGCUGCUGCCUCCUAUAGACCCAGCGUCUGAUUGGCAGUGCAGUUCGGGGCCCGAGCUUAGGCCUGGGGAGGACGAGGCCACCUCUGGUUUUCAGGCCCUGGAAACCAUCAGACUUAGUGAUCCGGGGCCUCGGGGAGGGAGACUCUGUGAUGCCAGGAUUGAGCCCUGGGCCCGGAGGUGGGGAGGGGAGGUGGCAGUCUUUGGGGGUGUCUGGGACUCACCAACACCCCCACCUCCGUGUGUACAGCCGUGUUGCCGCCCGCUGUGCUAUGAGCAGUCAGAGCGCCGUCUCCACAAGAGUUUACAAAUGAAAAUGGAGGAAAUGUCUUUGUCUGGCCUGGAUAACAGCAAACUAGAGGCCAUCGCUCAGGAGAUAUAUGCUGACCUGGUCGAGGAUUCUUGUUUGGGAUUCUGCUUUGAGGUACACCGGGCUGUCAAGUGUGGCUACUUCUUCCUGGAUGAUACGGAUCCUGAGAGCAUGAAGGAUUUUGAGAUCGUGGACCAGCCUGGGUUGGACAUCUUUGGACAGGUUUUCAACCAGUGGAAGAGCAAGGAGUGCGUCUGCCCCAAUUGCAGUCGCAGUAUCGCUGCCUCCCGCUUCGCCCCCCACCUGGAGAAGUGCCUGGGAAUGGGUCGGAACAGCAGCCGGAUCGCCAACCGUCGGAUUGCCAACAGCAACAACAUGAACAAGUCUGAGAGUGACCAAGAAGACAACGAUGACAUCAAUGACAAUGACUGGUCCUAUGGCUCAGAGAAGAAAGCCAAGAAGAGAAAAUCAGACAAGAACCCUAAUUCCCCUCGAAGAUCCAAGUCUUUAAAACACAAAAAUGGGUUCUCUGUCUGUACCUCUGCAUCAAACACCCUUCCCCUUCUUUUUUCUUCUUCAGGGGAACUUAGCAACUCCGAUCCUUUUAAGUAUAGCAACUCAACUGGGAUCAGCUAUGAGACCCUGGGGCCGGAAGAGCUGCGGAGCCUGCUCACCACGCAAUGUGGCGUGAUUUCUGAACAUACCAAGAAGAUGUGCACAAGGUCACUACGCUGCCCCCAGCACACGGAUGAACAGAGGCGAACCGUACGGAUUUAUUUCCUUGGGCCCUCAGCCGUCCUUCCAGAGGUCGAGAGCUCCUUGGAUAAUGACAGCUUUGACAUGACUGACAGCCAGGCCCUCAUCAGCAGGCUUCAGUGGGACGGCUCUUCUGAUCUCUCACCUUCUGAUUCAGGCUCCUCCAAGACGAGUGAAAAUCAAGGAUGGGGUCUAGGUACCAACAGCUCUGAAUCACGGAAAACCAAGAAAAAGAAAUCCCAUCUGAGCUUGGUAGGGACUGCCUCCGGCCUGGGCUCCAACAAGAAGAAAAAGCCAAAGCCACCGGCUCCCCCAACGCCCAGCAUCUAUGACGAUGUCAACUGACUUGGGUGCAAGGGAUAGCCUUUGGCUGAGAGAGCCCUCUCUCCCGACCCCCACCCAGGCGGCAUAGCCUGGCCUACGGACAGCUGCUGGGGGUUUGGGCUUGGGAAGCUUGGUGGGCCAGGCAGGCAGAGGAUCCAGUUAUGUGCCCCUGGGGGGCGUCAGGGUCCUCUGCAGCGAAGCAUGACCCCUCGGCGUGCAGGACUCAGACCUGGACAUUAUGCCUUGGACAUAAGUUUGGUGGGGAGGUGGUUUUCCUAUUUAUUCUGUGAGUUACUGGAUGUCCAGCUAGGCUGGGGGCCUGACCUGGGCACUGUGCCAGGGCACUGCCUGCUCCCCACCCCAGGAACUGGACUGAGUCCUGCCGAGGGGCAUUGUGGCUACCCAGGCAGCUUUGGUUUGGAAGCUGAGCCCAGAGGGGGCCUCCCCUGGCUGCCCUCAGCAAUGUGAAUGGGUCCGGUGCUUGGAGCUGAGGGGCAGGGCUGGUGUGUCCUGUCUGUGUGCAGAGUCCUAUCAGAUGUCCCCAGUCCCCGGGGUCGGCAGGCAGAGUGCUGUCUGCUGAGGUGGGCGUCCAGAACUGCCUCACGGGGCAGCCCUUCCCUCAGUCCCCAUGGGCCUCCUUGGCAGCAGGAGCUGUCCUUUUGUUGUUGGGGGCCAGGAAAGGGCCUCCAGCCUCUACAGCUUCAAGGAAUGGGAAGGGGAGGGUAGGAAGAGGGAGCCUGUAUCAGAGUGGCCCCCUGCCCUCCCUGCCCCAGGGCUGUGAGGACAGCCCAGGUGAGAGGGACGGUGCUGCUUUAUUUGAAAUGUUUCUUACCUCAUUCCCUGCCCCAGGAAGGGGCCCAGCCUCACCCUCCUGGGGUGGCCCCCUGUUCUCCCCCCCCAUCCUGCCCCCCAGCCCUGCCCUGCUGGGGCAGCCUGAGUUCCCAGCUGCUGCUUGCCACCCCUUCACCUUGACCAGCUUUGGUUCCUCUCGUUCCUCUCAGCGCUCCCGCCUCUAAAGCCUGCCCUGUUCCCUCCCUUGCCGCUUUUAAGUUAUUUAUUCUGUACUUGUGGUUUGGGGCUCUGAGGAAAACCCUAAUCUUGUGCCUCUCUCCCUUUGCUAGGAGUAGGGUGGGAUGAGAAGGUAGUCUCUGCCCUCGGUUGUCAGCGGAGGUUGGCUGGGUGCGGUUGCCCCUCUGUGGGACUGUCAUGCCAGGGCACCCACCUACCUGGCUUACAUCCUGAAGAGAUGUACUAUCCCACCUGCCAAGUAGGUGGUAUGCCUUGGAGCUGAGCUGGAGGACCUGGGCAUGGGCUGGAGUACAGCUGACUGACAGGAACGGGGUUGACCCUGAGCCAAGUUUUCCGGCACUUGCUAUACAUUGUCCCCUCUGUUCCCAGGAGGAGCCACUCCCACAUUGGGUAGACAGUACCCAGGACUGGUUGGACUGAUUUGGGUUAGGGACCCUAGAGGGUUAAGGGAACAACAGAGUUAGGGUUGCAGUACCCUGUCUGGAACCCCAGUCUCCCCCUGGGGUGGUUCUGAUUGUGGCUGAUGCCUGGUUACAAAUUGAUUUUUAACCCAAGCAUUGUGAUUAUUUUUUAAAGUCAAACCAAUUUUGGCAGGAGUUAGAAUAAAUCCUGGAGCCUGGGCUCCUCUGUCCUUGGCCCUCUACAGCCUUCUCCCUUGAGGGGAAACUAGAGGGGCAGAGCAGGUUCUUCGGCUGCCUCCAAGCACAGGCUUGGGAGCCUGCUGAAGGUCAGGGGACGCCGCCGGCCCAGGCGAAGUAGCUGCAGCUCAGGCCAACUCACUCUGCUCUCCCACCUCUCCCUUCUCUGGUUGGAGGGGGUAGUUCGGGAACUGGUUUGUCCACAAAACACUUCCCUAUUGUUCCUUGGCUCACCCUCAGGGCAGAGCCCCCUGCCCAGGCUGGGUAAGAGAUGGGCUUGGUCCAGCAGGGACCCUGAGGGAACAACCCCCUUCCUUCUGGGGAGUAUGCCCCCCUACCGUGUAGUUGAACGGGGCUAGGAACUCCCCACUCCCUCUAACAGCAGGCUGUGUGGGUUUCAAUUCCCAUCCCCCCACCCUGGCUAGGUGUCGUCCACCCUGUAUCCUAUCAUGUGUCUGAGUGUGUGUGGGGGGGUUCUGUACUAAUUUCCAUGGCCGGUGGCUUUUCCUUCCAUGCAUCACUCCCCCCCGCAUGCCCAGGGGCCACCCGCCUGGCAUUACCGCAUGCUGGGGUCAUUGGGGGAGGGGGGGUGGGGCUCACGCUGUCCUGUGGUCUUGAGAUUUUUAUUUUUGCAUAUGUAAUCCAUCCUGUACAGGUAGCUAACUUUGUAAACGCUGUGUAUUCCCUCUGCCCCCAUGGCUGCUGGUGUAAAUAAACUGCAUCUCCCGUUGGUA